CAUUUGAUUGGUUGAAGGGGCGGGACUUCCGGGAGAGCAGGUUGGACAUAAAGUGACAGACUUCACCUCCUGAAAUUAAGAAGAAAAACCCGACGGACGACGCGUUACAAGUAAUAAAACAGCUGGGGAUGAUUUUCAGACAUGGACGACAUAAACCUUCAUUAUCGCUUUCUGAACUGGAGGAGACGAAUUCGAGAAAUUCGUGAUGUGCGAGCAGUGCGUUACCGGGACCGGUGGAGGAAUAUGUUCAGAGAUGGCGACAUGCUCAGGUACCAUGGGGAUUCAGAUGAGGUCGGCUGUUUUGUGUCAGGCAGACCCUUGUCAAAAAAGAGGCGCUAUUUUGAAGUGACUGUCAAUGACACAGGAGUGAGGGGGAUGAUUGCUGUCGGUUUGGUGCCUCAGUCCCACAAGCUGGACCAUCAGCCUGGCUGGCUCCCAAACUCUGUAGCUUUUCAUGCAGAUGAUGGCAAGCUCUAUAAUGGCAGCACAGUUGGACAGCAGUUCGGUGCCAAAUGCUGCAGAGGUGACAAAAUUGGUUGUGGAAUAUCGUUUGACUCCGAUGACGGACAGAUAACAGUGUAUUUUACCAAGAACGGUGAAGAAAUCGGCAGUGUUGAGAUCCCAGCGUCUCCUGAAGAUCUCUACCCUGCAGUGGGGAUGCACUCGCUGGGGGAAGAAGUGGUUUUGGACCUGAAUGCUGAAUGGAGGAUGGAGGAGGAUGAUGGACAGAUGAUAGUUGAUAGUCAUGAAGAGGACUGGAGCCGUCUCCAUGACGUCAAAGUGACGGGCACGCUGCUGGAGUACAUGGGGAAAGGGAAGGGGAUCAUGGACGUGGGCCUGGCUCAGGCUCGGCGACCUCUCAACCCUCGCUUCCACUACUAUGAGCUGGAGAUCACCGACGCUGGAGAGAAGUGUUACAUCGCCCUGGGUCUGGCACGCAGGGACUAUCCAAAGGACAAACAUCCAGGUUGGAACAAAGGCUCCAUCGCUUACCAUGCAGACGACGGGAAGCUGUUCCACGGCAGCGGGGUGGGGGACCCGUUCGGGCCGCGCUGCUUCGAAGGAGACAUCAUGGGCUGCGGGAUCAUGUUCCCACGAGACUUCAGCGUGGAUGGAGGAGAUGACGCAGACGACUUUGACCUGGACGUGGCUUCCAGCGAGGUGCAGAACAACCUGUAUGCAAACAACGACGACGAAGAGGAGGACGAGGGGGAAGAUUUGGAGGGGAGGAAGGUCAUGGUGUUUUUCACACGGAACGGGAAGGUGGUGGGGAAAAGGGAAGUGGCCUUGCCGCCAAACGGUUUCUAUCCCACCAUUGGGAUGAUGAGCACUGGGGAGAAGGUCAGAGUUGAACUCCACCCCCUCAGUGGGUGACAGAAACCAGGACAAUUAGAAACCUUUGGGAUGAUGAAUGAUUCCUCCAAAUCUUCACUGCACCUUUACGGCGUAAACAUCACUUUACAUGCUGACAAAACGCGUCUUAAAGAUUCAUGAAAGUAAGGUCUUUAAGACAUCUGUGCCUAAAAGAAACGGCUUUAUUAUGAAAUGAUUUUUGUACUGUAAGAAACUGUUGAAGUAGGCUGAGUUUGGAGGGAAAAGUUAUUCAUUUUGACACAUGAGGCUUAAUGAAAUGCCAAAAAAAAAGGUCUUGAAUAAUGAAUGUAAAAGUCCAAGUAAAACAGACCUCAGUUACCAAACAGAUCAGCAAAGGCAGUCCUGGUUAAAAUGAGUUACUAGAUUAUGAAAUUAUUUGAAAACUGCAAAUGUGAUUUAUUUAUUCUACAACGAUGAGGCAGAAAUGGAAAAGCCCCUGAAUUUAAAGGAGGUGUAGUUUCAUUUUACCAUGACUGUGAGUGUUUGCUCCCACUGUGAGCUCCUGUCGACGGUCCAUUACUGACACUCAGUGGUGAGACGGCUCACAGUCCUGUGAGGCAGCAGCAGCGACUCGGUAGAACCAGCUGCUUCAGCAGGUUAACGCAGCACGUUUGGAGGAAGCUGUUUCAGGUAACUAUGAGGAAAUAAAAGUGCAAUAAUAAUUUGUUGAAAUCAAAGCUAUUUUUAUGCUUCUUGUUUGUUACCUUGCAAUAAGAGAAAGUGGAUCUUAAAGCUUUAAAGAGAGUCCUUAUUUUAUCUGAACCCAGCUGAAACGUUUCAACUAAACGACGCUUAUAGAAUGAAUCUAAAAAAAAUUUGGCUAUUUAUUUGAGGAAAUCACAUUUUGGUUUCCUCACUGACCAGAUGAUGGAAACAUUUUAUGCUUCUAAACUAGACCGAAGUUAAACAAUAUUAUGAGAUCUUUUUUUUUUUUUUUUUAGAAUAUACUGAAAUGGAAAACAAUCAGUAAACAAAACAAAACAAACAGCUUUUACAGGGUUGGAUCUUAUGGCUGGUUGGUGUUUACUUUCUUUCACUGCAAAAACACAAAAUCUUUCCAAGUAGUUUUGGUCUAGUUUCUCGUGCAAAUAUCUAAGUAAGCCUGAAAUAUGACAAAAAUAACUUUAAAGGAACUUUUCAGAAAGUUAAAGCAGUUUGUUUUACAUCAAUAAUUCUGCAAUAUUGAUCAAUAAGUUCUGGUUCCACUUGCAGAUUAUUUCACUUAUAACAGGGGAUCAAUGUGCUGUUAUAAGUGAAAUGAUCUGCCAGUGGAACUAGGAUUUUUUUGAGUAAUAAGCUCCUAUAUCUUGCUGAAAAGUUAGCUUUGUCUUGUUUCAGUUGUACUAAUUGGACUAGAAACUAGAGCGAAAAUAUUUGGUAAGUUUUUGUGUUUCUUCAGUUUUGACUUAGAAAUUUAUUUUGAAAUGUGUUUUUGAGGGUUUCUCUCUGUGGAUAGUCAUCACAAAAAGUUGUCUUCACUUUUUGUUUUUACUUUAAAUGUGUUUUUUUCUGUCUAGAAACCUUUGUGAUUCAGGUGAAUCUUUAUCAUCACAUUUCAUAUUCUACCCUUUAUUCUUGCAGUUAAAAAGUUUUGGGGUUUUUUGUAAAUUUGAGGGGGAAAAUACCAAAUUCAGAUAUACUUUUUUGUUUUUUGUGAAAGACGGGGAUUCAUUUACAUGUACACACAUUAAAUUAAGUUUGUUUUACUCAUUGAACAAGAACUAUCAGCAGUAAUGUGAUUUUUAACUGAGAAAAAAAAAACUUGCACCCAGUCUGACCAACUUAGGUUGAGAUUCAGUUAGACGUUUCUUGUUGCUCACAAUCUGAGGAACGUUUGCCCCAAUCUUCACUUUGAGCUCUGAGAUAUUUGAUGGGUAUUUGAUUUAAAGCAAAUAUCCCCCACCUGUCCAAAGAUCAUUGUUCUCUCCAGCUUGUAAAAUCUUCAUGUUUUUCUUGGAAGCUAACGGGAGCGAGAGCCGCUCUGUACGGCUCCUGGUGGAUUUUGGGGACUUCGUUCAGCAUCUUGCUGUCGGCUUUCAGGGUGAACUUUGUCGGACAGCCAGGCCUGAGAGCUUUGACUGUUUUGAAUGUCCUUCACUUGUAGAUGAUUUUCCAUUCGUUGGAAUGGCUGAUAUUAAUUUCCUUCAAUCCCUCACAGACUCAUAAGCUGCUACUGUCUUCUUUCUGAAUGGCCUUCAAUCUCACUUCAGCAGCUAGGAGCACUUUAAACAAACUGAGGUCUAAACAGGAUAAAUCUACGUAAAGUGUCAUUGUUCUAAUCAGACAUGGCUGUUAUCAUAAGCAUGUGUGAACUUUAGCUAUUUCAAGUGAGAAUGGAUGUGGAGUUGUCCUAAUUUCCAGAUUUUUCUUUUAAAUUACUUUUUACAGCGUUUCAAAUUGUCGUCUUUAUUCCUAUAUGCUGGAAAAACAAUCUUUUCCGUGACUGUAAAACUAAGGAAAAAUACUAAACUGAGACAGAUAAUUGGAAGAUUGAAAAAAAAUGGUACUUUAUAUGUUGAUAUUUAAUUUCAUGUGGAAAACUACAAUGAGGAAUUUGGUUAUUUAACUUUUCCAUGUGGAGAUUUUAAAAGUUUGUCUCUUUCUCCCCACCGCUUAAUCAAAAUUUAGAUGUAAAUUUUAAAUUUGUAUUUUGAAAUUGAAGCCAUACUUGUUCUCAGGUAUAUUUGAUAAUCAAAAUGUGUUCUUAAGUUUCUUCUGAUUUUUUUCUUCUUUUUUUCUUUUUUGUUGCUCUGUGACAAAUUUGCUUGUUUUUGUUUUUUGCCAAAAUUGUUCUACAUUUUCUUGUCAUCAUUUAUCUUUUUUUUACUUCUUAGUAAAGACAAAGAUUCAUCCUUCUUUAUGCCUGCAGAAAGUUAAAGAUCUGUUGAGAAAACGUUCUGACAGCUACCUGUAGGUUUUUGGAGGAGUAUGUUCUUCAGGUGUCUUUCAGUCGGUAAUGACUACAUUUAAAGGGCUCACCUGUCUUUUUUCUAUCACCAGUACUGUUCUGUCAGAGACAGUUCCCUGUUAAGCUCUACCUUUAAAAGAUAAACCUAUACAUAUGUCUUAACAUGAGGCCGAAUGAGCAGAUUGUCCUGCAUGAAAUGUUGAACCUUUAUGAAAUAAUCUGCCACAGAAAAACUCGAUCGACGCGGACAGUAAAAGGUUUGAAAGAAAGAUGCAGCCGAGUCCAGGCUGCUGGAUUUCAACCUUUGCUGGAAUAUUUGAUCGAGGCUGAGCAAGUUGUUCUUUUCGUUUUGACGCUGAGUUGCUGCUAUUUAUGUGCUGAAAAUUCUUGGUGUAAAAUCACGUCAUCCUGUACUGUAGAGGGUGUUUUUCAGUUUGUUUUUAUUGUUUACUUUUGAUGGUGAGACCGAUGAACGGUCUUCAGUGGAAUAUCUGCAGCAUUUUUAUCUUCAGUUCAAACACGUCCUUAAUUUGUACUUUUUCUCCUUUCACCUCUAUUUUUUUAUGUUUAAAGCAAUAAUGCCAAAAAUGUUAAUAAAUUAAUAUUUAAACUCA